UGUAUAUGGCGCCAAAAUUUAAUAAUGUCAACAAUAUCACGGGGUGUAUUUUACGGCCUGUCCAACAAAAAUGCUCUGAGGAAAAGGAAACUUAUUGAAAACACUUUAAAUGAAAAGGUUAAGAACUUCAAAGAGAAUAGUAUUCCAAAGAACUAUAAUCAAAGGAUAACAGGACCUGUCUUUGACUGGAAGCUGUUUUACAGACAGCAGAGUGCUUUCAACUAUGCCAGAGACCAAUCUGAGGAAUUGCAUGUAUUUGCAUUUGAGAGUUCCAGUCUUGGACUAGGUGAUGGAAAGCGAAUGUACCUUGUAUCCAGUUAUGAAGUGUUCUGGCACUACUAUAGUCAGCUGUCCAGUGAAAAGAAACUUCAUUAUGAGAUCAUUCCAGAAGGAUCUGUGUGUAAGCUGUACUUUGAUCUGGAAUACUCCAUUCCAGACAAUCUAGACCAGAUAGGAAUCAAGAUGGUGGACACAUUUAUUCAGUAUGUCUGUUUAUGGUUAGACCUAGAGUUCAGUCUGAAGUGCACAAGGAAAAAUGUUCUUGAUUUGGAUGCCAGCACUGAUAAGAAAUUCAGUAGACAUCUUGUCUUCCUUCUUCCUGAUGUGGCCUUUCAAGACAACAUUACAGUGGGCAAUUUUGUGCAGCACAUAAUCACUGCACUAAGCCAACACUGUGAAUGCAAAACAGUUAAAGGAGAACAGUCUCUACACGACAGCAACGAAGCUUGUACAUCUCAGAGAAAAGAAGAUGACGCAACGAGGGCAAAACAACAGGGGAAGUCAUCGGAAAAAUUUGAAGGUCAAACUGAACGUACUGGCACUCCACAGGACUGGAAGAAAUUUACUGAUGAAGUAUUGAUUGGUGAAAAUGAUCAAAUGCCUGAGGAAGGUGGAAAGAAAGAAAAGUUAUCUGACAGUGUAUUUGAACAUUUUACAGAAGAGCAAUUGUCAUCUCUUUUUGUUAAAACAAAGAAGGGAGAGAAAACUGCAUUUUGUGAUUUGGGUGUGUACACUAAAAACAGGAAUUUUCGGCUGUACCUAUCCAGCAAGUUUGGCAAGAACAAUCCCCUUGUGGUGGCACCAGAAAAUGAAUUUCUUCCGUCUACAGCAACAAAAUGUUAUGAAGAGGGAAUCUUUAUGCAGUCACUGAUAUCAAAUGUGAAAUUUUCACCAAGAAUGAGAAUUUUAAAGUUUGGUGGCAUGCAGAGGGACAGUCGAAGAUUUGUUAAAAACAGCUCCACCUGUGUAGCAAGUCUGGAAGGAUACAGAACUUCUCCUUAUCCUGAAAUAGAUGCUUUCCUUGGGAAACUUGUACAGGAAGUAGAUACUCGAGGAGGGAUCCGUCACUGGACUUACUUCAGUCAGGGAGAACUCAUUGUUUAUGAAAUGGCCAACUAUAGAUUCUGUCACAACAUUAAUAGGAGUCAUAGAAGCAACAAUGUUAUGUUUAUUGUGGACCUGAAGAAAAGGAUUUAUUACCAGAAAUGUCAUGAUCCAGUUUGCAGGUCACAAAAUUUCAAGUCCUCAGACUUCCCAUUACCGGACUCUGUAUUUCCUGUCUACUUGUGGGAAGAUGAUCCCAUGUUUGAUGGAGAGGAUGUAGAUUUGUGUAGUGCUGUUGAUGAAGCAGAGAGAACAAUGCCUGUUUGAUACAUCCUUCAUAUACAUGUAGGACCUUUGUAGGAAGCUAAAUGACACCCCCUUGUCAUUCUGAUGUCCCUUCAGGAAAGUGCAGCCCAGAGAAGUAGACAGAAUUCCAUGGGA